CUGGCGGCCGCGCUGCCUGGCAGCCCGGGAAGCCGCGGCACAGCUGCUUGGCGCCUGCAGCUCCGGCUCAGGGACUGCAACUGAAGCGGGGGCGGCGGGAACGCGGAGACCACAGCCCCCGGGGAGAGGCGGAGGGGGUCCCUGGCCUGGGCGGAGAGGCUGAGCUGAGUGCGCGUGAGAAAGAGGGCUGCACCGCUGCUCGGCGCGGACUCUGCCAGCCCCAGCGCCAGCCCCGGCUCAGGUCGCCGCAGCCCGGGAUCCUCCCCGCUUGCGCCCCAAGGCACGCGCGGCACAGCCAUGAACACCAACGAUGCCAAGGAGUAUCUGGCCCGGAGGGAAAUCCCUCAGCUUUUUGAGAGCCUUUUGAAUGGACUGAUGUGUUCUAAGCCUGAAGACCCAGUAGAAUACUUGGAAAGUUGUUUACAGAAAGUCAAGGAACUGGGUGGCUGUGACAAGGUGAAAUGGGAUACAUUUGUAAGCCAGGAAAAGAAGACCUUACCUCCGCUAAAUGGAGGACAGUCACGGAGAUCCUUUCUAAGAAAUGAAAGUGACACGGAUCUCUCUGAGACUGCAGAGUUGAUUGAGGAGUAUGAGGUUUUUGAUCCUACCAGACCUCGACCAAAAAUCAUUCUUGUUAUAGGUGGUCCAGGAAGCGGAAAGGGUACUCAGAGUUUGAAAAUUGCAGAACGAUAUGGAUUCCAAUACAUUUCUGUGGGAGAAUUAUUAAGAAAGAAGAUCCACAGUACCAGCAGCAAUAGGAAAUGGAGUCUUAUUGCCAAGAUAAUUACAACUGGAGAACUGGCCCCGCAGGAAACAACAAUUACAGAGAUAAAACAAAAAUUGAUGCAAAUACCUGAUGAAGAGGGCAUUGUUAUUGAUGGAUUUCCAAGAGAUGUUGCCCAGGCUCUAUCUUUUGAGGACCAAAUCUGUACCCCCGACUUGGUGGUAUUCCUGGCUUGUGCUAAUCAGAGACUCAAAGAAAGAUUACUGAAGCGUGCAGAACAGCAGGGCCGACCAGACGACAACGUAAAAGCUACCCAAAGGAGACUAAUGAACUUCAAGCAGAACGCUGCUCCAUUGGUUAAAUACUUCCAGGAAAAGGGGCUCAUCGUGACAUUUGAUGCCGACCGUGAUGAGGAUGAGGUGUUCUAUGACAUCAGCAUGGCAGUUGACAACAAGUUGUUUCCAAACAAGGAGGCUGCAGCAGGUUCAAGUGACCUUGAUCCUUCGAUGAUAUUGGACACAGGAGAGAUCAUUGAUACAGGAUCUGAUUAUGAAGAUCAGGGUGAUGACCAGUUAAAUGUAUUUGGAGAGGACACCAUGGGAGGUUUCAUGGAAGAUUUGAGAAAGUGUAAAAUUAUUUUCAUGAUUGGUGGUCCUGGCUCUGGCAAAGGCACACAGUGUGAAAAGCUGGUGGAAAAAUAUGGAUUUACACAUCUCUCGACUGGCGAGCUCCUGCGUAAGGAACUGGCAUCAGAAUCUGAAAGAAGCAAAUUGAUCAGAGACAUUAUGGAACGUGGAGACCUGGUGCCCUCAGGCAUCGUUCUGGAGCUUCUGAAGGAGGCCAUGGUGGCCAGCCUCGGGGACACCAGGGGCUUCCUGAUUGACGGCUAUCCUCGGGAGGUGAAGCAAGGGGAAGAGUUCGGACGCAGGAUUGGAGACCCACACUUGGUGAUCUGUAUGGACUGCUCGGCGGACACCAUGACCAACCGCCUUCUCCAAAGGAGCCAGAGCAGCCCGCCUGCGGACGACACCACCAAGACCAUCGCUAAGCGCCUGGAAGCCUACUACCGAGCGUCCAUCCCCGUGAUCGCCUACUACGAGACGAAAACACAGCUACACAAGAUAAAUGCAGAGGGAACACCAGAGGACGUUUUUCUUCAACUCUGCACAGCUAUUGACUCUAUUUUCUGAAGGCGAAAAUGCAUGUUUGUUAGAGUGGAAACAGAAAAACAUUAAAAAGUUCAUUCCUUAACACAAUGUUUCAAGUUAAACCUUUUGUGCUCCCUGCCCCCACUCCCCCACCCCCUAAAUCCUGACAGCACUGUUUGCUUCCCAGCUAGACCUGUGUGAGAGGUAUCUGGAAAUCAUGCAUGGUGUAUUUGGGACUAUCAACCUCUUCUCCACACUUCAGACAACUGUCUGCACUCACAGCACACACACUUUGUAUCAUGCAGGCCACACUCAGAGCUAGUCAGUACAUAAACAGUGGUGCAGUACCAGUCUGUGCCUGUUGUGAUUACAGGCCUUGCUAGACCCUGAUCAUCUGGUUCUCCUCUCAUUAAGCAUCCCUAACUCCCAGUCACAUCUUCCUCUCCCCAAGAUUUACAUACUGUUCCCCAGUGGAGGCCCCUGGCACAGGGGACAGCCCUGGCCAUCUUUCUUUGGUGUCUGGCUGUUUCGUCAACUCUCAUCUUCUGGUGGCUCAGAGCCAUAAGGUGAGUUGAUUACACAAUGCCUUGUACAUGAUAUAGAGGCAUCAAGCAAAAUUUGACAGAAAUUUUAAAAUAUGAAAUUGUAUAGCUUUUCCAAGAUGGUAAAACCCACGUUAGUCAUCAGUAACAUUCUCUAUUAUUUUUAAGAACUUUGGAAUACUGUCAUUAUGGCUAAGGGAACAAAUGUGAUAAAUUGUGUAACCUAGUCUCUUCUCUACAUGGUGAUGCAUUUCAGCAAUUAUAAAUUAAUAUCAAUGACCAAAAGUAAUUUAAAAGCAUGAGAUAUUUGCAAUUUCAUUCAUUGGGCACAUAUCAAAGUAUAAUUUUGAUUUUAAAUGGUCACCCAUUUAUUUGUUUCCAAGCAAGUAAAAAAUACUGUAACAAACCUGAUGUGGGUAGGAGGGGCAUGUCAGUAAGUGGUGUGUUCAAUCUUGUGUUUGUUUCAUAUGGGCCCUUUCCAGAAGUUUGCAAACCUUGUCAUACCCAUAUGCAAAAUUGUGUUUCCUUGCAUUAAACCAGUGAAGUUUGGGUUUUCUUUUGUGCUAUCAGUUGUAAAAUCAGAGCUUCUUAUAUAUUCUACUGGAAUAACUGCAUCUUCCACUCAGUCACUACAAAAAAACAUAGUUUCAGUUUGCAUGAUUUUUUUUUCUUCAAUGGUUGUGCAGAUAAGGAUCCAUUUCUGGGAUAGAAUUGUAUUUUUUAAGUCUCUUUUUUUCUUGAAAUGGAUAUGUACAAAUAAAAUAAAUGGAAGACAGGAUAA